AUGAAGUCAAUUGCUAGUAUCAUUGCGGCAUGCGCUUUUGCGUCCCUCGCGGCCGCGGACACCAUUUACGUUCAAAACGACCUUGGCUGCGAAACUUCCGUUCGAGGAAAUAUCGUGAAGCUGGCUUGCUUCAAAGCCAUGUUUACUGAUGGCGGAGGCAAACAAUUCACAAGCGACUGCGGCUUCAGCAAUGUGCCCGGUGCCUGUAACGGCAUGUGGCAGAACCAGAAAAAGACAUUGGACUUGGGCGGCGGAUAUCAGUUUACGUCUGACGGCACCAACGCAUUCGUAAAGUCUGCCAAUGGAAAGUACAACGCCAAGUGUGUCCCAUCGGCUGAGAAAAUAGGCAAGAGUUGCACUUUGUCGGGUGAUACCGACUCUAGUUCUUAA